CUUUGAAGCUGGCGGGUUGGGCCAGACUCCAAUGAAUUUACACAGACCUACCGACCGACGGAGACAAGAGUCCGGCACUGACACGCGGCUUUCAUCUCCAGAAAGAGAGCAAGAAACCAGCUCAAAGUGUGCAAAGAGAACUUGUGCUUUUGGUGUUGCCUCGUUUUUUCUUGGCUUCGCCGCUUUAGAAACCAGUGUGGGAUAGUGAUUGGAGUUGACAAGCCCGCUCCGCUACUGUAUCUACUCUCUCCUCCCUCCUCUCCCGCUCCGCACAAACCAGGAAAUCGUCGAGGUGUGCUUUCUUUUAUACGGCUCGUGGCUACCCCGUUUGAGGGUGUAGAUGCGUGUUUUUUUCGCUUCUUUUCCACAGUUUUUUAUUUCACUAGUUUGACUUUUGAAGCCGGACUUCAGCUCUGAAGUAAGCCAAACUUGCCUACGAGGAGAGGAUCUCCACUCUGGCCGAACAAUGAGUGAGUCGAGUAUUUGCCAGGCUCGGGCCACUGUGAUGAUCUAUGACGAUGGCAAUAAGAAGUGGCUGCCGGCAGGAGCUGGGCCCCAGGCCUUCAGCAGAGUCCAGAUCUAUCACAACCCCACCAACAAUGCCUUCAGGAUAGUGGGACGCAAGAUGCAGACGGAUCAGCAGGUGGUUAUAAACUGUCCAAUCGUGAGAGGUCUCAAGUAUAACCAGGCCACACCAAACUUUCACCAGUGGCGGGACGCCCGGCAGGUGUGGGGGCUCAACUUUGGUAGUAAAGAGGAUGCUACUCUGUUUGCUAAUGGCAUGUCUCACGCUCUGGAGGUACUCAACUCCAUGGCAGACGCAGGUUAUGCAACCCUCCCCCGCCCAGUGUCAAAUGGACCUUCUCCGGAAGAGCUUGAACAACAGCGGAGGCUGGAGCAGCAGGAACGGGAGCGACAGGAGAGAGAAAGACAGGAGCGGGAGCGGCAGGAAAGAGAGAGACUGGAAAGAGAAAGACAAGCUGCUGCAGUCACUAUUCCUCCAGCCCCACCAUUAGCCCCUGGAGGACCCGCUCCUCCACCAGCCCCUCCUCCACCCCCCGGCCCUCCUCCAGCUGUUGGUAUUCCUCCCCCGCCAGGGCCACCUCCCUCAGGACCUCCGCCUGCCCCACCUUUGCCUGCUGCGGGAGGAGGUGGAGGUGGUGGACCUGGUGGAGGGGGUUUGGCGGCCGCCCUAGCAGGAGCUAAGCUUCGCAGAGUAUCCAAGCAGGAGGAUGCAGCCCCUACAUCUGCAAUAGGCAGAGCUGACUCCAGCCGCAGCAGCAACUCCUCUAUUGGAGGAGGGGGAGGUGAUCUCAUGGGUGAAAUGAGUGCCAUCUUGGCACGAAGGAGAAAAGCUGCAGACACUGGAGAGAAGCCACCUGUGAAGACACAAGACAAUGAUGAUUCAGAGCCUCAAGGUCAAAGUGACACCCUUAGAAGACCUUGGGAGAAAUCGUCUAUGACCAGGAAUAACUCCAUCACCAAGAGCAUGGAUUCCACUUCCUCAUUGUCCCAAGGUUCCAGGGCAAAGCCUGCUGCCAACAGUAAUGAUGCAGGUGGAAAUGAUGACUCGGAUUUAGAGAAAAUGAAACAGGAGAUCCUGGAGGAGGUGAGGAAAGAACUACAAAAAGUCAAGGAGGAAAUUAUUGGAGCCUUUAUUCAGGAGUUGCAAAAGAGAAGCACAUAGUUCUGUUGAGUGUCAGGUGUAACAGAGGGAUGUGAUAGAUGGAGUUGGUUGAGGCCCUGUUGGGACCUCUCCUCCACUGUGCCCUCCCAUGUAGCCCAGGGAUUUCUCAUAUUUUCUCCUACUCAUUUUCUCUUUUUCUCUUACACAAACACAUGUGAGCAUACUUGCUUACGUGUACAUAAUGCAUAUUCACUUCAUGUAAAUGGUAACCCAGGGAACCUCUUCACAUCGCCUUCCGGCACUUUUGAUGAUCGCUCAAGAAUAUUGCGAAGGUGAUCGCAUCUAUCCCCUGCUCAUCCAUCCCGUCCCCUUUUGUCCUUCAUGUGUUCUGUUCAUCUGAUCCAAUUCAGAGCACAUAGCUGCAGCCACAGUUGCUCUUCCAGUUCGCCAUCAUGUACACUCUCCAAUAACCCUUUUUUCUGCAGAUAACCUGCUACUUGUGUCUUCUCCCUUCUGCUAUCAACACAUGAUAUACUGACAGAGCAGUCUUCAGUAUUCAGGGACAACAUAUUAGUCACAUUUUUACUGUAAUAGCAAGAUGCUGGCAUGCUGGGAUCCUUUUUUUCUCUCUUUGUGAGUUGGCAAACACUUACUCAACCUCAAACACUGCUACAGAUGGUUCAGUUCAGACAUCUGCUAGUAAACUAUUGUCUCUAAUGGUAGUUUGAGGUAGAAAAACAACAAUUGAGGAUUGAUCAGAAACCCUUAAUCCCUGACUACUGCAGUGUCUCUCCCUCAAGUGGACUUUCAGCUCCCAGCAGUGGCUAAGAGUGAAAACGGCACAACACAAGCCUCCGCUGCUGCAAGACACAGAGGUUGGAGGAAGAGGACACAAGCAAAGGGAAGCUGAUGGACAACCUGAGUGCUGUGAUAGAAGAGUGUGUUGUAGUUUUAUGAUAUGUGAGAAAUUUAUUCUCUUUGCAUUGCACUUGUUCCAGAGGAAGUUUGUCUGCGCCACACUGCCUUGACAGACUAUUCCCUCUCACUCAGAAUGAGAUAUUUGUUGGCCAGUGUAGUGGUCCUACACUGUGCUUCAGCUAGGUUUUUUUUUUUUUUUUUCUUCUAUUCUAGCUAUGUUUUCUAACUUUGAAACAUGAAUAUGGCCAUUAUGAGGUCAAUUAAUUUGGCCAUGACCAACUGCCUUGAGAAUAAAUAUAUAAAUAUAUAUAUAUAAGGAAAAUAUAUAUUUGUUUUGAGGGAAAAUGUAAGCAAAAAUGAAAUGGUGUUUCUAUUUUAAUUGAAAUGACUGGUGAAUGGGGAUUUUGUUUUCCUUUUUUUCAAUGAUUGUUUUCUUAUGAAAUGUUAUUUUGGGUUUACUGUUUCUUUUUUCUAAUAGAGUCUAGGCUUUUUACACUGAAAUAUUAAGAAAACAGCUUAGAGACACUGGAUUAGAAAUGCCUUUAUAGUCGAAUACAGCUGCUUCUUGAAAUGCA